CGGGGGCCGGAGAUGGAGGGGCCCGUGUUCCUGAGGAGGAAGAUCACCCUGCCUCGUGCCUGUGCGCUCCUGAUCGCCGCCAUGGUGGGCAGUGGCAUCUUCGUGGCGCCCAAGGGCGUGCUGAGACACUCGGGCAGCGUCGGCCUGUCCCUGGUGGUCUGGCUGGCCUGCGGGCUGCUGUCCCUGCUCGGUGCCUUGUGCUACGCAGAGCUGGGCACCCGGAUCACCAAGUCUGGAGGCCACUACACCUACCUGCUGGAGACCCUUGGCCCCCUGCCCAGCUUCCUCUUCCUCUGGGCCGAAUACUUCGCCAUCAGGCCGGCCAACAGCGCAGUGGUUUGUUUAACAUUUGGACGCUACAUCCUGGAGCCUUUCUUCGCCCCCUGCCCGACGCCCGUGCCCGCUGUGAAGAUCGCCGCACUGCUGGGGUUUUACUCUGUGCUCGCUCUGAACGGCUGGAGCGUCAGCUGGAGCGCCCGGCUGCAGUCCGUCCUGUCCGUGAUCAAGCUCACGGCUCUCGCCCUCAUCAUCGGGCCGGGGACCGUCCUCCUGGCCCAGGGGCACACGGAGAACUUCCAGGAGGCUUUCGGCCACUCCGCGCAGGCACUGGACAAGCUGCCGUUGGCUCUCUACGCCGGGAUGUUCGCUUACUCUGGCUGGUGCCAGACAAGCUUCGUGAGGGAGGAACUGGUCCGGCCAGAGCGGACCGUCCCCCUGUCCGUGACCGCGUCGGUCCUCACCGUCAUAGUCGGCUACAUGUUGACCAAUCUCUCCUACUACACGGUACUGACCGCCGAGGAGGUCCUGGCGUCCGAGGCUGUGGCCGUGAGCUUUGCCCAGCGAGCGUGCCCCGGCCUCAGCUCUCUGGUCCCCAUCCUGGUGGCGUUGGCCUGCUUCGGGUCAAUGAACGGAGGCAUCCUUGGUUUCUCCAGGACGCUGUUUGUGGCCUCGAGGGAAGGCCAGUGGCCCCCGCUCUUCGCCAUGAUCCACAUCCGCAGACGCACACCCUUGCCGGCCGUCCUGCUCAUGUUCCCCUUGGUCACGGCCAUGGUGUGCGUGGGUGACGUCUAUCCCCUCCUCACCUUCUUCAGCUUCUCCCGGUGGCUCUUCAUCGGCCUGGCCACCCUGGGCCUUAUGCUCCAUCGACGCCGUCACCCACAGCUGCCCCGGCCCUUCAAGGUGCCCCUGGUCGUUCCAGCCAUCUUUUCCAUCCUCUGCUUCCUGACGGUGGGACUGUCCCUGUACGCGGAUCCGGUGAAUAUCAGCAUCGGCUGUGCCACGGUCCUAAGCGGCUUCCCCAUCUACUAUCUGGUGGUGCGCAGGCCGGCGCCCGCCCGCUGCCCACUGCCCACCCGCUGUCCGUCCGUGCUGUAUUACCUCACCGUCAAACUGCAGCAGCUGCUGGAGGUGGUUGGACAGGAAAUCCGAACUUACUGAUGGUCUCCGCCUCUCCCGUCCCCCAGCUGGCCCCCUUCGGUCAAUCAACCUGUCCAUCGGUGAUAGUCAGCAUAACUGUGGGAUUUGUUAAGUGCCAAGCAAACACUGGGUUAGAUACAAGAUAAUCAGGUUGGACAUUGUCCCUGUCCUAAAUCAGCUCACAGACGAAGGGUAAGCGAGGACAAAGUAUUGAUUCCACAUUUUACAGGUGAUGAAACGGAUCCCCAGAGAAGCGAAGUGGUCUUGCCCAAGAUUACAUAGCAGGCAAGGGCCAGGUUUAAAAUCCAGGUUCUCUGACUUCAGGCCGGCCCUUUAUCCAUUAGGCUUCCUAUUAAGCACUUACUGUGUCCAAAACAGAACUCCUUAUCCUCCUGCCCAAACCUUUUCCUCCCCAUCGCUGUAGAAAAUACCACUCUCCUCCCUAGAUCACCAGCCCGUAACUUUGGCAUUGUUCUCAUCUUAUCUCUCGCACACAAGCCAUAUAUUCAAUCUGUCACCAA